ACUGUCCAUCAUGGCGGCCCACCGCAGGAAUCUGAUGCAGAACCAAAGCUGGACAGAUGACCUACCGCUGUGUCAGAUGUGCGGAGUGGGCACUGCUCCCAACUCUGUGUACGGCCCUGAUGGUAAAGGUACCCAGAGCCACCCGAAUGAGGAUGGACACUUCAGGUUUAGAGGUGAGGACGGAUGCUUUCUCUACGGGGUUUUUAAUGGCUAUGAUGGCAGCCGGGUGGCCAGCUUUGCUGCCCAAUGUCUGACAGCUGAAGUCCUACUGGGACAACUGAACUCCAGUCACACGGAAAAUGAUGUCCGGAGGAUCCUCACACAGGCCUUUGAUGUGGUGGAGAAAAGCUACUUUGAGAUGAUUGGGGGUGCUCUGGCUGAGAAGACUCACCUGUCCAACUAUGUCACUCCGCAUAAUGAGGAACGGCUGAAGGAGCUGGAGCAAGAGGUGUCGGGAGGAGCGACAGCUGUGGUUGCUCUGAUUCUGAACAACAAGCUCUACAUUGCCAAUUUAGGAACCAACAGGGCUCUCCUGUGCAAGUCCAGCAUCGACGGACAGAAUCAGGUCCUGCAAAUCGGCCGACCACACGGCACCGACAAUGAGGACGAACUGCAGAGACUAGCCGCGCUGGGGGUGGAUUCAGCUCGUGUCCGACAGGCGGGGCAGAUCGCUGGACAGACGAGCACCAGGAGGUUUGGAGACUACAGGGUCAAAUUUAACUACGGUGAAAUCGAGCUGCUGAGCGGGGCCAAAUCGAAGCCAAUCAUAGCUGAGCCUGAGAUCCAUGGUAGCCAGUCUUUGGAUAACGUGACAGGAUUUUUGCUUCUGAUGUCAGAAGGACUCAUCAAUGCCCUUGAGUCUGCCCACGGACCUGAGCAGGCCAACCAGGAGAUUGUUGCCAUGGUAGCGGCAGAGUUGGCCUUGCAGACCAGCCUGGAAGCGGUGGCCCAGUCUGUGGUGGAGCGAGUCAAGCGCCUGCACCACGAUGUUUACGCGUCCGGCCGUCAGAGGGCGACCUUUUGUUCUCGCCACGAAGACAUGACGCUACUCAUUCGAUUGCUCAACUACCCGCUGGCGGACGGAGUGCUUACGCCUACGCAAGGGGGUCGCAUCUAUCCAGUGUCGGUUCCUUAUUCUAACAGCCAGAGCACAAGCAAGACCAGCGUCACCCUCUCCCUGGUCAUGCCCUCACAAGGCACGCUCACCAAUGGCACCAACACCGCGUCCACACUGGAGGAAGAGACUCCCACUCCAGGCACGUUUCAAACCUGCCAAACCUUUGUGGACAUGCUGCAGCCCAUAAUUGAACUCCCUAUUUCCCCCCUCCUCCUCUCUCCUCUUCCUACCCUCCCGCUCUCCACCUCACUCUUCUCCCUCUCCUCCACCCCUCCUCCACUACGCCCCUUCCCGUCCUCCACCUCUCUCCUUUGUCUUUCCUCUUACAACUUGGAUUCGUCCCCCUCUACCUCCCACACUCCCUCCCUCAUGACCGCCACCUCCUCUUCCACCACUCCUCCUUGCCCACAACCCUCCUGCACCUUACACCCUUCCACUGUCCGCAGCAGUCAGAGCCCGACAGCCACCCUCCAGUCCACCAACACCCAGACUCAGAGCUCCAGUUCCAGCUCGGGAGAUGGAAGUCUGUUCCGUCAGCGGGGCAGUCAGGCCGUGCAGCCGGACGAGACGGGCAGAGUGCCACCGUACGUGGACUUCAGUCAGUUUUACCGGCUGUGGGGAACUGACCAUGGUGACGGCCAGAGCACCCAGGGGGGACUGGGACCCCAGUGACCAUAUCCCAGGAGCCGCAGAGGUUUUGUUGGAGUGUAAAAGGAACAUUAACGUUGAAAGAUUGCGCCCAGGAGCAUGUGGAGACACACGACACUUGAAGAAAAUAUCACAAUGAGCUUCCCGCUAUACACUCAUCCUAGCAUGUUUCUCUCUGAUUUUCUUCUCAAAUCUUGGGAUUUGAUGAGUCAGACCUGAAGGACUAGGACUGUUUCCUUCAUUACACAGACAGUUAUUGUCAUAUGUUCAUUCAUGAGUGGGUGGCCCAGCAACGACAAGAUGUCCAAAGGAGACGUCCUUGGUGUUCAAGUUCAUGGAUAGAGGUCAAAAUUAUUCUGGAAUGGAAAACUGUGUGGGUCUUCAUGAGGCACAAAGACCGUGAGAGAGGUAACCAGCUGUCAAUCGAUGGUCAGAUGAAGCACCAUGAGAAGAUGGCCUGGUCAGGAGUACUCGGUAGCUUUUAGGAGGCUGCAGACACAGUACUCAAACCAUCUCCACACCUUGAAGGGAUUGGUGUAUCGGUGUCAUUUGACCUGGUCAAAGUCGAUGGUACUCGACGCCCACCCAGCCCAUGUGUUUUGUGGACUCGGAGAAGCCUCAUACUGUCAGUGUGGUUUCUUGCGUGAUGUCUAGGAUCAGCACUACGAAUGGAAACUGGAUCCCGAUGAAAGACCCCUUGAUUUGCCAAGCAGCCCAGUUCUGGAACCAAAGUCGAAGAGAGAAAUAGGUUGAGUUUGAGCAAACACAGCGAACAGCUCAAUACAUGCAUACCAUAGUGCUCUUGAGCUUUCUGAAGCAAAAGUGCUCUUUGGAUCACUUUACCUGACGUAGCUCCACAACCUCCACUGGAGAAGCCCUUCAUCACAAAAAGAAAGUAUCAAUGGACUAAGUGCAAGAAUAAAUUUGAGAGAUGCAAGACUUGAUCUUCAUCAUAAACAAGCGCAAUAUUAAAACUGCUGCCUCAUACGCUCGCAACCUUCUGGAGAGAAUAAUAGUCAUGUAACAUCUGAUGAUUGUUGAUAUUUUAAACUCUGAUUGUAGGUUUUCUUGUGUCAUGUUUAUCAUGUAUCUGCACAUUGGAAUGUAUUUUAAAGAUGUAAAAGGUCAUAUUAUGUUUUGAAUGGGUUUUUUUUAAAAUAAAUUGAUAUCACAUAUU